GCGGGGCCGCGGCGUCUGCAGAACCUUGGACAGAAGCAGGGAGCUGCCGCCGCGCUGAGCCGCGCUGAGCCGCGCCGAGUCCCGGGGCCGCGGCGCGCAUUGCGGAGGGCCUGGGACGCCGCGGCUGCGCCUGCCGCGGGAGCCUGCCUACGGAUCCGCAGGGCUACACGCGUCGUGUCCCGGGAGCGCCUCCUUUCUCUCUGCGGCCGCUACAGGCUUGGUAAGCGUUUUUUCCCCACCGGCCGGCAGGCUGGGCGCGCAGGGGUGCCGGCCCCUGCCGGGCGCGCAGUGGCACCAUGGGCACGGUGCUGUCCCUGUCUCCCAGCUAUCGGAAGGCCACAUUAUUUGAGGAUGGCGCGGCCACCGUGGGCCACUACACGGCCGUGCAGAACAGCAAGAACGCCAAGGACAAGAACCUGAAGCGGCACUCCAUUAUCUCGGUGCUGCCCUGGAAGAGGAUCGUGGCGGUGUCAGCGAAGAAGAAGAACUCCAAGAAGGCGCAGCCCAACAGCAGCUACCAGAGCAACAUCGCGCAUCUCAACAAUGAGAACCUGAAGAAGUCGCUGUCGUGUGCCAACCUGUCCACAUUCGCCCAGCCCCCGCCGGCCCAGCCGCCCGCACCCCCAACCAGCCAGCUUUCUGGCUCCCAGACUGGGGUCUCCUCUUCCGUCAAGAAGGCCCCGCACCCUGCCAUCACCUCUGCAGGGACACCCAAACGGGUCAUCGUCCAGGCGUCCACUAGUGAGCUGCUGCGCUGCCUGGGUGAAUUUCUCUGCCGCCGGUGCUACCGCCUGAAGCACUUGUCCCCAACGGACCCCGUGCUCUGGCUGCGCAGCGUGGACCGCUCCCUGCUUCUGCAGGGCUGGCAGGACCAGGGCUUCAUCACGCCGGCCAAUGUGGUCUUCCUCUACAUGCUCUGCAGGGAUGUUAUCUCCUCUGAGGUGGGCUCGGACCACGAGCUCCAGGCUGUCCUGCUGACCUGUCUGUACCUCUCCUAUUCCUACAUGGGCAAUGAGAUCUCCUACCCACUCAAGCCCUUCCUGGUGGAGAGCUGCAAGGAAGCCUUUUGGGACCGUUGCCUCUCCGUUAUCAACCUCAUGAGCUCCAAGAUGCUGCAGAUCAACGCUGACCCACACUAUUUCACGCAAGUGUUCUCUGACUUGAAGAAUGAGAGUGGUCAGGAGGACAAGAAGCGGCUCCUCCUGGGGCUCGAUCGGUGAGCCUCUGUAGCCGGUAUCCUGGCUCAAGGAUUCCACUCAUUUUUAAAAUUUAUUACUAAAAGAAUAAAGUUUUGUGUACAGUAUGUGUCUAGCAAAGCCACCAAGGGCCUCUUCCCAUGUUCUUUCCUUGGGGUUUUUUUUAGCCCUUUCAAGAACUCUGGGGACUUUCGAACUGAUGAACCUUGUGCGAACCCAGAAGAUGCAUUCAGAGCCACUUCGGCUGCUGACUACUCACUUUCCGGGAUUCAAGGGACUGACUUGCCCAUGUCACCUGUACCCACGAUGGAUCCAGGGUAGAUGAGGCUUCCCACUGUACCAUGAUCAGAGCCGGGGGCCCAUGGCUGGUGGCCAAUGAAGAAUCAGCCUUCUUCUGGGUAUUGUUUCAUUCUCUCAAAAGCUCCUGGAGUCAGCUGUCCUGACUCAGGAUCCAGGAGGUUGUGAGGCAAGAUCUCCACUGCCCUGGGGCAUCAGUGCAGGAGCCUGGGAGCGGGUCUGGUGCAAAGAUUGUUGAUGACUGUUGACCGUGCACGGCCCUGGUUCACUGCGUGCAUUUUAGGGAGAAGGGCUUCCCUUGCCUGGCAGGAUUGAGCUCCCCUUCCCAUCCUUUUGUCUUGGCUCCCAAGUUACUGUUGGUUAAUGAGGUGGUUUGCUCAUUAGAUUCCUCUCCCAUUUUGGGUCCCAGCUAAGGGAUGAGGUGAAGCUAGGGCCAGCUCCUUUCCUGAUCGAGCUUUUCAUUUGAGCAACACAGUUCAGUCACUCUGGGUAAAAAGCCAGGACAGUGCCAGGGACCCACUAGCAACAUUGCCUUCUGGGCAGGUGGCUGUCUAUGCCUGAGAUCAAGUUGGUGCCCACUUAUAUGCUAAGGCCUCUUGCUGGUGCACAUAUUUGUUCUAUAUCUCUGGGGGAAGGUGAGAUCAGCGGAUAGGGGUGAGACAGUGCUGCUGUCUCCCAUCCCUGCCCCUCGUUAAUUUUAAGCUGUUUCCAGGCAGUUGAGUUUCUCCUAGAGAGGCUCUGCCCUGUGCAACCUACUGAGACAGACAGCUGCAUUUGGAGACAAUUACAAGAUGCGACUGUGACUCCUGAUCAGUUUGGAAGCUUGGUGACUGUCCAGCUGCAGGGCGUGGUGCCCACCUAUCCCUGUCGGCUACAUAACACACUCUGGACUUGAAGGGUUUUUCUUUCUAAUUUUCUCAGACUGGUGGCCUGGGGUUUGGAAGCCGUCCAAGAGAAGGGAGCGAGUCUUCCUGCAUGGCCCUCACUCCAGCUUUGGGGAACAAAGAGCAAUGUGAAGACACCACGGAGGAUUUCCUCUUCCUUUCCUGCUCCCCCAGGGGGUGCUGGGGCUAGAGGUUACAGUGAGGAAGGCAGAGGUCAGCUUGCAUAGAUUAGGUUCUAGGUGGCUGCCAACUUCUUGCACAAGCACUACUGAAAAAAAAAAUCACAUAUAAAGAGAAAGCUGUGAAAUUGAGGUCUCAAUUGAAGAGGCCCAGAGCAGAGCCUUUCAGCCGAUGUAUUCACAGAGGUAGGGAAGAGGACCUGACGGACUAGACAGCCUUUCCCCAGCCCUUCAUCCGGGUUCCUAGAGAGCUGAUCCCAGGCCCUCAGAUGGUCUGACACAGAGCUGGAAAGCCCUGCAAGGUUGGCUGAGUGCAAGCCUCCGUUGCAGCCUUUUUGGGCUGGCUUCAUGCAACCAACCCAUCCUCAGAUCCUGCUGCCACGGUGACCCAGCCUGGAGCCCCAUGGGGCAGCUGGAAGAAGAGCUUCAGGUGUCCAGUCCGAGGAGGAGCGGGGCACAUGUUUGUAGCCUGCCAGCCACUGUCACUGGCCCGGAGCUGUUCCACUGAGCUGCAGUAACAGGAUUCCAGCUUUGUUGACUGUUUCCUUCUCUUUGUACUUAAUUAAAAAAAAAAAUUUUUUUUUUUUUGAGAAGGUGCAUAUUUCAGAAGUGGUCGGCAACUGAGGAAAGAGCUCCUUAGCUCCAUUGUGCAGCUCGUGUCCUCUCCCCUUGCAUCGGUUCUCAGUACUGUGUAAAGGAAUGACUGCUAGACUUAAGUGUUUGAGCCAAGAACCCAUCUGAUAUGCUGCUAUGAAGACACUUUUAGAACAAACACACAUGAUAGAAAAGAGAAAAAAAAAGAAAAAUGUGAAAAAAAAUCUACAAAAACCCCUUUAUUCUUGUUGCUUUUACAGUGGUACCGUGCAUGCGAACCAGGAGCAUUUUGUGUCUUAAGAAAAAUAACCUUAGAGCAGAUGGCCGGCCGUGGGAAUCACGAGUGCCGAUAAUGAGCCGCGGGAGCAUAGUUCAGGACUGGAUUUUUCUCUUUUCCUUACAACCAUGAAGGGUUGAUGUAUUCUUUCCAUGCAGUUAUUAGAAUUUAGUUUUGUUCCAGCAGUGUUAAACUUGCAAUGAGAAGAAAAUGUGCCAUCCCCUGCCCAGAAUUAUCCAUAGCUGUACAUCCGACACUGCUAACUACACACACGUGAUGGUUUUGGUUUUGUUUUGGUUUUUUAAUUUGUUUAUUUUUUUAGUGAAAUUUCUUCUGUAGCUAUUCUUUGACCAAACUGUGGAUACUGUUAAUAUUAAUUUAUAUUUGUCUCAUUUUGUAUGUAUGUAUGGCGUGUUUGUGAGUAUGUAUGGUUUAUAAUCUGACAAGAGUCAUGAAGCUCAGUUUGGCUGUAAUUUAAUUCCCCCUCCCCUUAUUUUUAUUUAUUUUUGUACUGUGCUGAUUCAAUAAAAUGCACUGACCAUCCAUCA